GUUGAGUUCCAGCUCAGAGCUCGUUCGCUCCGGAACCGGUCGGAUGUGUUUCUAUUUCGGGGAAAAUGAAACUAAAUGAGAAUGAGACGGAGGAAGGAAAAUAAUCGAUCUGCUUUUAAAGUGUUUCAGAGAGUUUUCUCCUGCGUUGGGACGUUUUUAUGAAGUCAGAAGCGUGUGUUCGUGUAUAAAAAUACGGACGUCGGACUGUUUCUGUUUGGACACGUGGUCAAACUUCACGGGUUUUCAGAUAUAAAAAACUAAGAAGAACAGAAGAAAAUGUCGAGGAACACUGUGAGGAACACUACGAGGAACGGGAUACCGGACCGGUGGCUGGACUACUCGUCCGUCGGGAAAAGACUCGAUGGGACUCGGUUCAUCGCCUUCAAGGUUCCUCUGAAACAGUCGCUGAAUCAACAGCUGCAGAGUUCAGACGUGUUCGGUCCCUGGGAGCUGAUGGACGCCAUGAAGGACCAGAACCAGGAGCUGGGUCUGAUCAUAGAUCUGACCUUCACCACCCGCUACUACCAGCCACAGGACGUCCCUGAGUCUCUGCUCUGCAUCAAGAUCUUCACGGCCGGUCGUGAGGUUCCCAGCGACGCCACCAUCCUGAGCUUCAAACGAGCCGUCCGCCGCUUCCUCAGAGACAACAAGGACAACGACAAGCUGAUUGGAGUUCACUGCACUCAUGGUCUGAACCGUACUGGUUACCUCAUCUGCAGGUACCUGAUCGAUGUGGACGGGAUGGACCCGGACAAGGCUCUGGAGCUGUUUAACUCGUCCCGGGGACACUCCAUGGAGAGACAGAACUACUUGGAGGACCUGCAGCGAGGCCCCAGGAGGAGUAACGACGGGAUGGAGGAGUCGGAGCAGGAGCCGAAGAGAGGAGGCGCACAGGAGCGACCGAGUAUCCGAGUAUCAGAGGACUCCAACGGGCAAGAGGAGGCGCAGCCCUGGAACCACGGACUCGGCCUCCUCCCUCCUCCUCCCGUUACUCCCUCCCCUCUGUUCUCCCGUUCUCCUUAUUUACUCCCCUCCCCUCACCUCCAGCCUGACAACGGCCUCCUCCCUACUCCUCCCUUCCCUCCCCCCCCGUCCUUCCACCCGUACCGACGGAACCCGCCCCCCCACAGCCGCUCCUGGGGGAGACCCCGACCCCCCCACUCAGAGGACAACCGGUCCAGAGACAGAAGAAGAGGUCCCCCCCAGUUCCUCCCCCGCUACUCCGCCCGCUGGACCUCCCAGUCCUCCGGGUGGGACGGACCGGGGGACGAGUGGAGCCCCCCCGACACGAGACAGGAAAGACAUCCACACGACAACUGGGACAACAGGGACAACAGAGACAACAGAGACAACAGGGACAACAGGGACAACAGAGACAACGGAUUCAACCGAGACAACAGAGACAACAGGGACAACAGGGACAACGGAUUCAACCGCUACUAGUUCAACAAGACCAGGACCAGGACCAGGACCAGACUUCUGGACCAGGACCAGACCAGGACCAGGACCAGACUUUAGGACCAGGACCAGACUUCAGGACCAGGACCAGGACCAGGACCAGACCUUCUCUGUCCUGGUGGGUCUGUGUCCGUCUCGUUUUCACGGUGUAAAAUUAAACCAGGUGAAGGUGGUUUUUUCUCGUCCGGAUCCUCAGGUUCAACUUCGUUAUUUUAUCUUUUUAUUUUAUAAAACCUGUGAAACCCAGAACCAGAACCAGGACGGGUCCAGAUACAAACUCACGUCAGCCUUCGAGUUUUAUCUUCUGGUUCAUUUGAUCUGUUUUUAUCUCUGUGAUAUUUAAUAUUUAUGUAACAGGAACAAAUCCUCUAAUAUUAAUUAAUCAUAGUUAAUGAAUUAAUUAAUAGAAAACGUCACAUUUUACGUCUCGACUAAAACAUUAAAAGGUUCAAAAAGUUUAUUAUUCAAAACUAAAAGUCAGAAUUAAUUCACUGAAAACUGUGAUGAAUGAAUGAAUGGAUGAAUGAAUGAAUGGAUGAAUGGAUGAAUGGGGCGGGAUCCUUCACUGACUUCCCGCUGGGUUUUAAUUAUUUUCUGAAUCUUAAAUGUAAAUUUGUUUCUAAAUGUCUCUUAUUAAAAACCCACAAGAUAUUUAGAAAUAAAUUAAUUAUUUCAGUUCAUCCAGGUUUUAAUUUCUGUUUAAUGUUUUUUUAUGUUUUUUUGAAAAAAGGUUUAGGAAGUUUAAGGAAUUCUAUUCUAUAAAACUCGAGGUUGAAUUGGUUUUAUUUUUCUUGUUUCUUUUCUUUUUUUGCAGAAAUGUAUAAGUUUUUAUUCAUAACUUCUUUUUCUACUUACAGGAAUGUUUUUUCUUAUGAAUAAAAUUUUAAAUCUUC